ACUCAUCACUUACAAGAUCCUUGACACUAAAAUUUCCAUAGUCUUUUCAAGUACUGUUUUGGCAAUGGCAGCAGAAUUGAUCACAACCAUGGUGGCUGAUAAGCCUGUGGUGAUUUUCAGCAAGAGUGCUUGUGGCAUGAGCCACUCCAUUAAGACACUCAUCCGUGGCUUUGGGGCAAACCCAACUGUGUACGAGCUUGACCAGAUCCCAAAUGGACUGCAAAUUGAGAGGGAGCUGGUUGAACUAGGAUGUCAGCCGACCGUGCCAGCUAUUUUCAUAGGACAGAAGUUCAUUGGUGGUGCUAGUAAGAUCAUGAGUCUCCAAGUCAGGAAUGAGCUUGUCCCAAUGCUGAGAAGGGCUCGAGCUAUAUGGGUAUGAACAACUAUAUAUCUAGUAGUUUCUUUUCACUGCCUUAAUUUGGUAACAGGCUCCAAUAAAAGUUUUAAUUACUUUCCGUGUACUUGUGAACGGACGUGGGUAACAUAGACUACUAUAGAGCUACUUUAGCUUCUUGUACUCUAUAUAUCAAGGUCACUU